AAGAAGGGGAAGGGGGCAGGUGAGUACUGGCUAGAGGAACCCGAAGCUCCCUCUUAUGGGUGGACGGAAGCCGGAGGGGGGCGCUACUUGCACGUCGCGCUGAAGCAACUAGACCAGAGAACCGGGGGAGCGGCGCAGCAGCUGGACCCUGCGGCUGCCGGGCCUGCUCUAGGAAGCGACUCGCGAGAUGCCGAUGGCUUGUAACGGGUUGCCUGGUAAAAUGAGCCUAUGGAAACAGUUGCCAGGGCUGGCAAACAGCUGCUCCCGGAAAUCCUUCGAUACUUUGGCAACAAUGAAACUACAGGACUAAUGCGACGCCCUUUCCGGUUUCGUUCGGGCUCGUAGAUUCUUCUUUCCCAAGGUCGCCUUUGACCCCGGAAGUGAGGUCUUCCGGGUUCCUCCCUCCCCAAGAUGGCAGCUGGUGAAGACGAGUUACUGCUACCCCGACUCCCCGACCUGUUCGAAACCGGCAGGCAGCUUCUGGAUGAAGUGGAAGCAGCGACUGAACCCACCGGCUCCCGGAUAGUCCAGGACAAGGUGUUCAAGGGACUGGACGUUCUCGAGAAGGCUGCUGAAAUGUUAUCGCAGCUCGACUUGUUCAGCCGAAAUGAAGAUUUGGAAGAGAUUGCUUCCAGCGACCUGAAGUAUCUGAUGGUGCCAGCAUUUCAAGGAGCUCUCACCAUGAAACAAGUCAACCCCAGCAAACGUCUAGAUCAUUUGCAGCUGGCUCGAGAACACUUUAUAAACUUCUUAACUCAGUGCCAUUACUAUCAUGUGGCAGAGUUUGAGCUGCCCCAAAGCAAGAACAACGCAGCUGAAAAUAACACUACUAGUUCGUCCAUUGCCUAUCCUAGCCUUGUUGCUAUGGCAUCUCAAAGACAGGCUAAAAUAGAGAGAUACAGGCAGAAGAAGGAGGUGGAGCAUAGAUUGUCUACAAUGAAAUCUGCUAUGGAAAGUGGUCAAGCAGAUGAUGAGUGUGUUCGUGAAUAUUAUCUACUUCACCUUCGGAGGUGGAUUGGUAUCAGCAUAGAAGAGAUUGAGAGCAUUGACCAGGAGAUAAAGAUCCUGAGAGAAAAAGAUUCUUCAAAAGAGGCAUCAACUUCUCACUCAUCUCUUCAGGAGAGGCCUCCGAUGAAACCCUUCAUUCUCACUCGGAACAUGGCUCAAGCCAAAGUAUUUGGAGCUGGUUAUCCAAGUCUGGCAUCCAUGACAGUGAGUGACUGGUAUGAUCAGCAUCGGAAAUAUGGAGCAUUACCGGAUCAGGGAAUAGCCAAAGCAACAUCAGAGUACAGAAGAGCAGCCCGGGAACAGGAAGAUCAAGAACAAAGGGAGGAAGACGAUGAUGAGCAAACACUCCACAGAGCUCGGGAAUGGGAUGACUGGAAAGACACCCAUCCUAGGGGCUAUGGCAACCGACAGAACAUGGGCUAAUCUUCCCACAACAGGAUUAUGGGGUGCACAUCUUUCUCACCCAGGAAAACUGUGCAGCAGUCUUCCCCUUCCUGGGCUUCUGCUUCAGCUGUGUACAAUGAAAGCAAAGAUGCUGAAUCUUGCUUUGCAUUUAAUAAAGCGUCAAAUAAUUAAGUGUGUAUUUGUACCCUAAAUGAUGAGCCAGCAAGCUUGUUUUGGUAUUAUUAUCCUCAUCAUGGUGUAUUCCAAUUUCUGAAGUGCAAAGAAAAGAGCACUGAGAAAUGCUCUGUAUAAUCAAUGGCUGUAUGAAUUCUCUUUAAAAAAUAAUAAAAGUCCCAACUCUAAGUGAACCUGUGCA